AUGCGAUCUCCGUAUUACGUCGGCGAAGAUGUCAAGAGACCGAAUUCCGGUCGGUCGGAGAGACACCGUCGUUCAAUGUAUUACAAUCCUAAAUUAAUGAAAAAUCCAUUCUCAAGGAGUAGUGCUAGCAGCCACACCUCAUUUGAAAAGUUCCUACCUUAUCAAGUGAUCGCUACUCCGUUUUGGGAGGAAGAAAAGAGUUACGAUUCAAAUUCAACUCGUUGCAGUGCUCUGCCUUCUACCUCUUCCGGAUUUUGGGAAUACCUAACCGAUAAAAUUACUAGAAAAACCAAAGACGGUGAUCGUACUAAAAGUUGUAAGUGUGGACAAUCUGCAUCAUUCAAUUCGAGUGUAGGCGUGGAUCCGGAUUGUUUAAAAGUUGCAGAGUCAAUUAGUGAAACGGAGAGAAAGGUCAAUGCCAUAUUAACAAAUCCAGGAGAGAACACGGAAGAAUCUACAAAAGAUGCCCGUUCCAAAAAUUGUACUUGUGACUGCAAAAAAAAUAAAAUUGAGACAGUUAUACCACAGACUAAAGAUGUGCAAACAUGUUCACGUAAAAAUGCACCUUGCAAUAAGUGCAAUAAUGACAAGAUUAAAAAUGACAAGCGUUCAAAAGAUGCUGAUGAUUCAAAAUCAACUAAAGGAGACGAGCCAUGUCGAGCGCCGCACGAUGAGGUUGUCGCAAAACUAAAAACGAAAUACAACGGCGAAAUAUUAUGUAUACACAAUCCUCCUUGCAUUCUUAUUAACGGUUGUCUCAAUUUGCCUGCAGCUAACGCAAAUCAGAAGCCUCCAGUGGCAGUUUGGCCAGUCAGUCAAAUGAAGAAAAAUAGUAGUUAUAAUUUCUGUAAAAGAAUCUGGACCCAAAAAGAUAAAGCAGACGAACAAUAUGAAAUUUACGGUGUACCUUUUGUAUCGUCGAGUGAAUGUCAAAUACCAUUGACUAAGAAAGAAAGAAAUAAUCGUUUCGAUCAGAGACCUAUUUGUGAAUUAGUGAAACUGUCUUGUAAACCUAAAUACGGUGUCACUGCGGUCAACCCUCGUGUCCAUGUUGCGAUGCUUAGGAAACAGCCUAAAUGUUUAGACCCGGCAAACAAGAAACAGAAAUCUAAAUAUUCCCAAGCCGCAAACUCACCGAAAAAAAUUAUACUACAUCGUGCCAGGAAUAAAGUUACGGACUUUUUACAAUCAAAAACCGAAAUGUUGUAUCCCGUUGAACACGACGAAAAGAAACCAGGCACUGUACCUGUAUACCAUAAGAACAGAUUACUUAGAAUGAUACAGGUAAAACGAUCCGCCACCAAAUGAGCGCCCCUAGCGGCGAACACACGCACUACUGGACACUACAGCAACAAAUAACUCAUCACAAGUAAUGUAGAGACA